AUGACGUAUUACACAUUGGGCCUAGUAUUCAACGCAAUCUCUUUUCCGUAUGCCUACGCUUCAGAAUGUAUAGAUCAUCAAAACUAUCAACGUAUUGUUUGGCGAGAGCAUCCAUCAGCGCCUCUUAAGCACUAUCAAUUAGACACUGUAACUUAUGGAACCGCUUGUGCACCAUACCUGGCUGUACGAGUGUUAGAACAACUGGCAUAUGAUCACAAGGAGCAAUGUCCUACUGCAUCGAAAAUCCUUUUGGAGGACUUCUACGUAGACGAUGUACUUACUGGAUCGAACAACGAGAAUGAGCUAAUAGCUAUUAGGAAUGAGUUAUUAGAACUCAUGUCUCACGCCAAAUUGGAACUCGACAAGUGGGUGUCCAAUUCAUCAAGUAUCUGCAGACGCAAAUCCAGCACCGAACGAGAAGAAGAAGCAGUAACGGGUCUUGGAAUUUACUGGAAUUCAAUCGACGAUCAGCUGAUGUGCAAGACAGGCUUGACAUCAAAUCCGAAUUGUACAAAAAGGCAAAUCCUAUCAGAUGUUGCGCGUAUCUUUGACCCUCUUGGCUUAUUAUCGCCGAUUGUGGUUCAAUUUAAAAUCAUGUUUCAACAGUUAUGGCUAUUGGCCCUGGGCUGGGACACAAAGCUUCCACCAAACAUUGCCGAACCAUGGCUAAAAAAGCUGAGAGUACCACGAUUUGUUCCCAACAGGGAGGACUCGAUUGGACACGCCUUUUCCGACGCAUCAACCAAGGCAUAUGCUGCUGCCGUUUACUGGUAA